UUCUGUUUCUGUCUGCCCUCGGAGGAGAGGCCGCUCACCUGCAGAGAGAGAGAGGACACUGAGGACCUGGAAGGGGUCUCUGCUGCAUGAGACGAACGGGAAACCGUGAACAGCGACUGCCAAAGGAUGUCACACCAAACUGGGAUUAAUGCUGCACCGGAGCUCAGACAGUUCUUGGCUCAAGCCAGAAGAGGCUCCAUCAGAAUAAUGAAGAUCAUAAUCAGCAAUGAGGAGCUGGUGUUGGAUUCCUUCAGAGAGCCGGUGCAGAGCUGGGACAAAGACUACGAUCAGUUUGUGCUUCCUCUUCUCACGCCUCAGGAGCCCUGCUACAUCCUUUACCGCCUGGAUUCCCAGAAUGCACAGGGAUACGAGUGGAUGUUCAUCUCAUGGUCACCGGACCAGUCGCCAGUGAGGCAGAAGAUGAUGUACGCUGCGACCCGUGCCACACUGAAGAAAGAGUUUGGAGGAGGUCACAUCAGAGGCGAAAUGUUCGGCACAGUCGAGGACGAUUUGUGCUUUCAGGGAUACAUGCGCCACCGUUCCUCCUGCUCCUCUCCAGCUCCUCUAACGUCGACCGAGCAGGAACUGCAACGAAUCAAAAUCACAGAGGAUAAAGUUGUCUGGGAGGAACGGAGAAAAAUUGGAACCCCAACAGCGCGAGCGAGGGUCACAAUGGAGUUUGGUUUAGACAAGAGAGCACAGACUCUUCAGGGUCUCGCGUUCCCUUUACAGGAAGACGCCCAACGAGCUCUGCAGCAGCUCAAGCACAAACGCAUCAACUACAUCCAGCUGAGGGUGGAUGUAGAGAGAGAGACGAUCGAGCUGGUUCACACCGAACCCACAGAAACCCACGAGCUUCCCUUCAGGAUUCCCACAGACUCCCCUCGAUAUCACUUCUUUGUCUUCAAGCAUUCCCAUCAAGGCCAGCUGCAGGAGGCGCUGGUGUUCAUAUACUCGAUGCCUGGCUACACCUGUAGUAUCAAGGAGCGGAUGCUGUACUCCAGCUGUAAGAACCGGUUACUGGACGAGGUGGAGCGAGACUACCAGCUGGAAGUCACCAAGAAGAUGGAAAUAGACAGCGGCGACGGUCUGACAGAAGACUUCCUGUACGAGGAGGUGCACCCCAUGGAGCACACCUUGAAGCAGGCCUUCGCUAAGCCCAGAGGCCCAGGAGGGAAGAGGGGCAACAAGCGCCUCAUCAAGGGGACAGGAGAGAACGGGGAGGAAAAUUAGACCCUCUAAUCAGAUCCACAGAAGUUUAGAAAUGUUGAAGAAAUGAUCUGCCGUUUCACUGCUAACCUUCAGGUCACCGGUUCUCUAUUUUCAUUUCAAAGCAAAGUUUUUAAAGUGAAAUUGAAUGAAAUGUAGAUCUCAGAUCCAUCACUGAGUCAGUCAACACAGCCAGGGUUUUCACACAUCCACAUCAAACAUCUGAAAGUGAAUUUUACCGCCAACUACAUGACCAACACCAAUUUGGCCUGCUGUUAAUGUUGGUACAGCAUAUUUCUGUGGAAAUCUGAAUGCCUUUGAAGAUGUACAGUACACUCAAUAGUUAUUGUUAACUGUGCAGGAAACCUUGAAGCAAAUUAAUCUUUUAUCUCAGUAGCAGGAGAAAACAAACAAACUUUAAUUUUAUCACAUUUAUUCUGUGGAGAAACACAGCUGGAGAUCACUAACCCCACACUGCUUGUGUAAAAUAAAUGUUA